AUGGAGGUCAUUUGGGAUCGUUAUUACGGUAUCACGAAGAGAUUUUUAUCGCUCAGCGGACAGUGGCCUUAUCAGAAUAAAAAUGAGAAGAUGCUCAGGAUGAGUGUAGUAACGACCGCCAUACUUGUCAUAAACCUUCCACAGAUUAAGAUUCUUACGGAUCGCGUUUCCAUCGAUUGGAAGAGAUUGCACACCCUGGAAGAGCACGAAAUCAUGGAGACGUACGUUACGGGUACGAGAUGGAUUGUCCUUAUGUAUAUCGUGGUUUGUCUGAUAGGUCUCCACGUAUUUAUCUUAAUGUCUCUCAUACCGCACAUAUUGGACAUCGUGUUACCCCUCAACGAGUCCCGCCCCAUAAUGCUGCCUUUUGAGGCGUAUUACUUCGUCGACGAGAGAAAAUAUUUUUUUUAUAUAUUGUGUUCUGGUCUCAUAUCAGCGGACAUAGGUAUGUUUGCUUUUAUCGCCUACGAUAUCAUGUUCUUUACUUUCGUGGAACACGCCUGUGGCAUUUUCGCCGUGACUGGAUUUCGUUUCGAGCAUUUAGUAUCUGGGGAUAUUAAUGCAGUAAAAAUUUUUAAUAAUAACACGGAUGAGACUUAUAAUAAAAGAAUAUCGUGCAGCCUUGACACGCAUCGGGCAGCUCUAGAAUUCGCGGAACAUCUUGAAAAUACUUUUUCCUUAAAUCUCGGUAUAGAAUUACUGUUAGCGACAGUAAUACUGAGUAUCAAUCUAUUGCAAGUUACGAAGCCGUCCCACAACAUUGUCGAAAUAUUGAGGCAUUUCAAUUAUGUGUUGGGCCAAGUGAUACAUUUGUUCGUCUUUUGUUGGGAAGGCCAAAGACUAAUGGACCAUAGUCUACAAAUACAUUACAAAGUCAUGGAGCUCAUUUGGGAUCGGUAUUAUAGCUUCACGAAGAGAUUUUUAUCGCUCAGCGGACAGUGGCCUUAUCAGAAUAAGAAUGAGAGGAUGCUCAGGUUGAGUAUAAUAACGACCGCCAUACUUGUCAUAAACGUUCCACAGAUUAAAAUUCUUACGGAUCGCGUUUCAAUCGAUUGGAAGAGAUUGCAGAACCAGGAAGAACACGAAAUCAUGGAGACGUAUGUUACGAGUGCGAGACGGCUCAUCCUUAUGUAUACCGCGGUUUGUCUGAUAGGUCUCCACAUAUUUAUCUUAGUGUCUCUCAUACCGCACAUACUGGACAUCGUGUUACCCCUCAACGAAUCCCGCCCCAUAGUGUUGCCCUUUGAGGCGUAUUAUUUCGUCGAUGAGAGAAAAUAUUUCAUUUAUAUUUUCUGUUACGGUCUCAUAGCCGCGGAAAUAACUGUAGUAGGUCUUAUCGCCUACGAUAUCAUGUUCUUUACUUUCGUGGAACAUGUCUGUGGCAUUUUCGCCGUGACCGGAUUUCGUUUCGAGCAUUUGGUAUCUGAGGAUAUCGAUGCAGUAAAAGUUGUUAAUAAUGACACGGAUAAGACGUAUAAUAAAAAAAUGGCGUGCAGCGUUGACGCACAUCGGGCAGCUCUAGAGUGA